CGAGGCAAUACCUGUAUCCAAUUAUACACACACAGACACACACACACACACACACACACACAAUGGCUCAUCCUUGGCUGAUUAUCCUGGGCGUCCUUCUUUUCACCUAUGGCCUGCCCAUAACAACAGCAGCACCAGCAGCAGCAGUGAAGGAAACACACGAUACCAAAGCACACUUGUUGGAUCGCUUCAAUCAUCGUUAUCCGGAUGGCAGCUACGAAUAUCGUUUCGAAUUGGACGAUGGCACAGCGCGUUAUGAACGUGGCUAUUUCGCUCUAGUUAAUGAAGUUAAGACCCUAAUGGUUGUUGGCUAUUAUUCAUAUCGCAUGACCGAUGGCGGUUACAUCACAGUCUUCUAUAAUGCUGAUCAAUUUGGAUAUAGACAAAAUCAGUCCAUCACGCCACAAGUCUAUCCCAAUUUGCCUCGUUCGAUUGAUGUGCCAUUGGGAAUGGAACCAGAGAAGCAGCAGGAGCAGGAGCAGGUGCAGCACUUAACUUCACCGAGACCAAGCUCAAGUCGCAUUCCCACACAGAAUCCAGUCAAAGUCAAUGGGCAAGGGAUAAGUUCGACGCCGAGGGCAUUGCUAGUAUCCAGCCAUAGGAGCCGAUUCUGAGAUAUAUACGCUAUAUAUGUAUGUAAGCCUGA